AUGAAUAAUCUCAGGAACCCUACCUUCGUCCUGGGCUUGAUCAUCGUCGCCGCCCUGGUCAGCCCAGUAGCGGCCUUUGGAGCUGGAAACAUUGCCUCCGUUUCCAAGCUUGAAGGCCAGAACUGGCGGCACGGCGACAUUGAAGAUGCCCUCCUGACCCUGGCCAUGGCCCGUGCCAUGAAACAUAAAAAGUUCAGCAAAAUCAUGGUUUCCAGGGUCUAUUUCGGAAACUGGCUUCGAGACUACUCGCAAGCCAUUGAUGUCGGCACCGUCAAGUCGGUAUCUGCCGAGGCUAUCCGUCUUCUCCUCUGCAUCCUGGGUUUCCUGACCUUUGGCUACGGGUCCGGCGAGUUCGAGGUCACCGCUGACCGUCUCGGCUGCUAUCGGCCUGAAGACCAUAUUGACAAUCCAAAAAACUACGCCGAUAACCAGGAUGCUCGCCAGUACGACCGUCGCCUCAGAGGGCCCAUCGAUGAGGACAGAGAGCUAUCCAUCGAUCCGCAGUCUGGCAUGAAGAACUACAUUGCAAACGAGCGCGCCGGAAUCAUGACGUCCGCCAAGCAUGUGAGGAACCUGUUUACUCGCUGCGUCGAACUUGGCCGCAACUACAAGAAUAAUGAAAGGAAGGAGGAUCUGUACGAGUCCCUUCGCCUCAUGGGAACUGGCCUUCACUGCCUAGAAGACUUUCUUGCGCACAGCAACUACUGCGAGCUGGCUCUGGUUGAAAUGGGCGAGCGCGACGUUUUCCCACACGUCGGGCGGAACACGCUUAUCCGACUGGACGGCGCUGAUCAUGAGGUGUAUCCUAUUGUUACUGGCACUUUUGGGGGCGUGGAUUUUCUACAUUCCGUCGUUGGUGAAGUAUCUGACAAGAUGUCCCAAAACGAAAUCGAGGAGCUGGAAGGCACUCUCCAGGAGAGCAAAAACUCCGACACCAGCCUGCUUCGUGAUCUCCUCGACAAGAUCCCCGACAGCUUGUUUGGUGGCAAGAAUCAAAAGAAUCGCAUCGACGAAAUCCAGGAGAAUGCAGCCUCUGCUCAAGUGGAAAACAUGUCUGUUUCUCCGCGAAACCCCGAGGAGCUCACCGUCUACGUCCAGCAGGUUUACCGGCAAAUCAUGCCUGCCAUCCAGUUUCACGACGACGUCAUGAAGAGCAUAACAUCUGCCGUUGAGAAGAUUCCCGUCCUGCCCAAGAUCAUUGAGCAAUUGGAAGACCAGCUCUCCAAAUUUGUCUUUUCCGUCAUGGCCCCGGCCGUCGUGCCUCUGAUCCGUCAGAUAAAGAAUGAGCUAGCCACGGGCUCCGGGGAGGUUAUCCAGAGUAGCAAGGAAGAGCAGCACGUGGUGUUCAACAAUGACCAGAGCACGGAUCCUACUCACUCCAUGCUCUCCAAGGAUCAUUUUUCGAAUAUUUUGAACGAGAUUGCCGGCCGGACAGCUGCCAGGAUGGUCAGCUGGGUCGUUCCCCAAAUCAUGGAUGCCAUUGACGACGACAGCGUCGAUGUGAACCGACUCUGCGACCGCAUCAUCAAUGGCAUUUUGCAUCAUCCAGCCCAACGCAACAUGGGUCACGACGGUGUCUCUGAAGCUCGGAACCUCAUGUUCGACGAGGUACGAACGUGGUGGGGUGAGCUUCAGAACGAGCACACCUCGUAUCGAGAGAAACUCUGCCGCGAGGGCGUGCUGAGGGGCGAGAACCACAAGGAAGGCGUCGACGACACGGGCCAUGGCCACGGCUGCACCGGCAAACUCCAGAUGAGAAAGCUGUACGGAGAGCCGGACACUCUGGAGAACAGGAUUGCGGGCGCUGCUGCGGGUGCCAUCAUUCAGGGCGCCACGGGACUCAUCUCGAACGUGGUGGAACAGCAAACCGGGAUGAAGUUGCCAUCCGGCCAAGGCUCGCAGCAGAACGAGCAGCCUGGCGAGGAGAAGAGCGGCUUAGAAGGCUUCCUGAGCAAGGCCAGCUCUCUCCUUGGGGGCGCUCUUGGCAAAGAUGACGAGGGGAAAAGGUACACGCGGAACGACGGCGAAUCAUUCACGGGGAGCCAAACCAGCCAUGGUUAUCAAGGCACCAGCUACGGGCAGAGUCAGCAGAGCAGCCACUACAGCGGUGGCAGCUCCGAGUUCCAUCGUCGUGAGGACAGUGAGUAUGGAGCGCGCCAGGAAUCCAGCUACGGUGGUGGUGGUGGUGGUGGUGGAUAUGUUCGUCAGGAAAGCGGCCACGGCGGCAGCAGCCAGCAUCAUCAUCCUCGACGCCAGGAGGAGAGCAGCUAUGACGAUCCAGGCUCUGCGUAUGGAGGCCGUGAGGGGUUCCGCCACGGCGGCUACGGUGGCCGUGAUGAAGGCUACGAAAGGGACACCAGCUACGGUCGCCGCGAAGGGAGUGGCCCCGGCCGCCAGGAAAGCAGCUAUGGUCAAGACGAAGGCAGCUACGGUCGCCGAGAGGGACAUUACGGCGCUGGCAGCCAGCGACAUGGCGGGCAAGUUGAAUACGUCAGUCAGGAAAGCCGCCAUGGCGGCCGUGGUCGUGAGCAAGACGAUGAAGAUGACGAGGAUGAGGACGGGAAAAAUCACGGUCGCAGCAGCAGCUAUGGCCGCCGUGGGGGCGGUAGAUGUGAUGGUGAGGAUGACGAGGAAGACGGGGAAGACGACAAUGACGGCAGCUAUGGUCGCCGUGGGGGCGGAAGACAUGACCGUGAGGACGACGAGGAAGACGGGGAAGAUGACGGUGACGGCAGCCAUGGUCGUCGCGGACAGGGCGGCUACGGUUACUGA